AUGAAAUCCUUGAUUAUUCUUUCCUUUCUCGCUCUACCAAAUGCACAUUGGUGGCAAGGUUCCGAUGCAUGUGGCUGUGUGAUCGGUGGCUCUCAUAAUCAUGUUGCUAGAGAUGUGAGAGAAUUGGAUUGCUCUAGUUAUAUGAGAACAACCGUCACUCCUUCCUACGUAGCUUCUGCACGUAGAGUCACGGGUGAUGCCAUCACACUCACAACCACGGAGGAUGCUAUCACAAGCACAGCCACGGAAACUAUCCCGCCAUAUGCGACGAGUGCUUGUCAAAAUCAUAGUGCUUAUGUCGAAGCAUGUCAAAGCCAUCUGAGUGUGGUGGUAGCUACAGUCACUGUGACAGCCCCCAUUUCUUAUGUAACGGAGUAUACUACUGUGAAUGCACCGGGGGUUUCAUCUGAAAGCUACCCAGGAGUCUCGUCUUCUGCUUCAAUCUCAAAUAUUGUGGAAACUAGCACUGUCGUUACCACUGAAGUGGGAGAAACCCCUUCGACCUCUAGUUCGAGCUCGAAUAUAGCAAUGGUUUCCACAUCUACGAAUGGUAUAUGUUCUGCAUCCGAAAUUCUUCCCGUGCAGGCGUCGACUAGUCUAUCAUCAACGUCUACUGCUAUAAUUAAUUCUAGCGUUGUGUCUUUCAGUCUUCCAUCUCAGAUUAGCAGCUCAUCAUCUUUUGAGUUUUCUUCACUAUUGACUGUAACCUCAAGCUCACUCCCCGUAGCAUUAGGUUCGGCCUCAGAAUUUACAGUUACUCAGAGCACAUUAGCAACUUCCACAACCCUCGAAUCUACGUCAGAGGUACCCAGUGCGUCAUCCUCAAACUUUCUCGCUUCUAGCAUAGAAAUUUUAACAUCAGAAACACUGAAUAUUUCACCUUCAAGCUCCAGUUUGAAUAUAUCGUCUACCAUGGUUCUAUCAUCACUUAGCCAGGAUUCCUCGGUCCCCUCUUCCACUUCAACACCAGUAAUAUCAUCCGCCCUCUCAUCUUCAUCGUCGUUCCCUUCAUUUACGACUUCUAUCAUUAUUUCCUCAUCCACCCUUACAUCCCAAUCUUUCCCAAACACCUCUACUUCCCUGCCUAGUUCAAUGUCAUUCUAUUCCACCUCCGCCUCCCUCAUCGCUCCGUCCUCAACCCCCGUCGCCAAAUCUCCCGUUUCUCCCCUCGUCGCUACAUGCAACGCCCCUGUCGCCUGUUCCCAAAAUCAACGUUGCUCUUCAGAUAAUACCUGCUUGUGUCAACCAAGCGUAAAUGGCACAGGCUACUGCAUGGCCGACACCCCCUGCGCCGCACUUUCUUCCUGCACCAUCGAUUCCGAUUGCGGCUCGGGUUCCGCCUGCAUGCAAACCUGUUGUACAACCAACAAAUGUCUUUCGCUGCAAGGUUUAUGCAAAAAUCCUAAUACUGUAGUUAUAAUUUUCAAAAGGGAGGAUGAGGGGUCGAAUGGUCAUAAAAUGGUAGGAGAAGAUGGAGUGGACUCAGACUCAGAUUCAGAGGGGGAGUGGACGAAUAGAGGACCGUGGGUUAAGAGAUUGGGGAGAAUGUGA